AGAGCAAAGAGGACACAGACAACGCGCCGACUGAUAAGACAGAUCAGGUUACUUAUGAUAUAAAACUAAGUCUCAGCUUUUAAAUUCUGUCAAUUUUACUACGGGAUUCAAACAAUACUUGUGGUUGUGACGCUGUUUAACGUGGAGUGGCAGAUCGCUGUAACACCUCAGUUCAAGCGACAACUGUGGGAAGCGCGUGUAUGCCCACCGCUGAUGCCAUGUGGUCAAAGCAGCUGUGCAGCUGAUAACCAAUGACAGGCAGCAGACGCCGCGCGGAGCUGCAGCAUGAGUCGCGUCGCGCUGAUAUUUAAACCAUUCUCACAUCGCGCAUGCCAGAGAUGAGAGCUGCAGCGAUUUCUGCGCUGAGAACGGAAAGAUGCUGCCUUUCCCGAGCCACCGCGUUCAUGGAUUAAGCUGGAUUUCAGGACACACCUGUAGAUUUUUCACCUACUCUGCAUAAUGCCUUAUCCGAGUCAGUUACUGAUUUUAGUGCUCUUCCUGGGCUCGUUUGGGGAAUGCUGGAAUAAACACGCAACGAGAGAGAGGAGGUGGACCGGAGCUGUGGAAACUCAGAAGCAUGGGACCUCCCUAGCAAAGAAGCCGCCAGAUGUGACAAAAUCACGACGACUGAAAACGGAGCAGUUGUUGAAAGUGGAUGAUCACGACUUCACCAUGAGGCCCGCAUUUGGAGGUCCUGCUAUUCCAGUGGGAGUUGAUGUACAAGUUGAAAGCUUGGACAGUAUUUCAGAAGUAGACAUGGACUUUACUAUGACAUUAUACCUGAGACACUACUGGAAGGAUGAGCGCUUGUCCUUCACCAGCACCACAAAUAAAAGCAUGACUUUCGACGGCCGCUUGGUGAAGAAGAUCUGGGUUCCCGAUGUCUUCUUUGUCCACUCUAAAAGAUCUUUUAUUCAUGACACCACCACAGAAAAUAUCAUGCUGAGAGUGUUCCCUGAUGGUCACGUUCUCUACAGCCUGAGGGUCACUGUUACAGCAGCCUGCAACAUGGACUUCAGCCGUUUCCCACUGGAUUCACAGACCUGCACUUUGGAGUUGGAGAGCUACGCCUACACGGAUGAGGAUCUGAUGCUAUACUGGAAAAGUGGAGAUGAGUCUUUGAGUAUAGAUGACAAAAUCUCUCUCUCUCAGUUCCUCAUACAGAAGUUUCACACUACCUCUCGGCUGGCUUUCUACAGCAGCACAGGAUGGUACAACCGCCUGUACAUAAACUUUACACUUCGCCGCCACAUCUUCUUCUUCUUGCUGCAGACAUAUUUCCCUGCCACUCUUAUGGUUAUGUUGUCCUGGGUGUCGUUCUGGAUUGAUCGCAGGGCUGUUCCAGCCAGAGUUUCAUUAGGUAUCACCACGGUGCUUACUAUGUCUACCAUCAUCACUGGGGUGAACGCCUCCAUGCCCAGAGUCUCCUACAUCAAAGCUGUGGACAUUUACCUGUGGGUUAGUUUUGUGUUUGUGUUCCUGUCUGUCUUGGAGUAUGCGGCAGUCAACUAUCUGACCACGGUCCAGGAGAGGAGAGAGCGUAAGCUCAGAGAUCGAGCAGCUCGAGAGCAGUCAUUACCAUGCACCUGCGGUAUGUCCCACACCAGGACCAUGAUGUUGGAUGGGACUUACAGUGAGGCUGACACCAACAGCUUGGCUGGCUACACAGAGGCUCCCAUGGUUCCAGAAGAAGUGGUGCCAGAGAAACAGGAGCAUAUGGUGGUUCACAUGUCAAUGAGCAGCGAGUCCACCGCCACUAAAAAAAAGGGCAUCCGGGCAUUUAAAAAGGGCAUUUACCAGAACACGCAUGCCAUUGAUAAGUACUCCCGCAUGAUCUUCCCAGGAGCCUAUAUAAUUUUCAACCUUAUUUACUGGUCGGUGUACUGCUGAUCAUUCUCCAGCUACAUCCAUCUUGCACUCUUUUGGACUUUUGGAGGUUUAUACAACCAUCCUUCUGACUUUUUGAUGCACAUCAAACAUUGGCUCAUGCGAUACUAAACUGCGGUUACCUUUGUCAUUUUCAUACACAAAAAGACUGACGAAGAGAAAAACGGUUGAGUGCUUCAUAUAGGCCUUUUCAGGUUUAUGACAAAUUAACUGUAAAACACUUGGACUUUUGUACAGGCUUAUGUGUUUUCUCAUGUUUGCAUUAUUGGACUAUUAACUCUUUCCCCACCAGCGUUUUUUUUUUUUAAAAGUUGCCAGCCACCGCCAGUAUUUUUGAUAAUUUUCACGCAAAUUUCAUGGCCCCCAAAAUAUAUUCUUGUAUGAAUAUCUGAACAUGAAAUAUAUAACAAAAGAAAGAACAGAGCCUCUGCUUUUAAUAAAACUGCUGUUUUAUUCUA